UUUUAUGGGGGAUCAUACCAGUUGACUACUAAGAGUCACACAUUCCUCUCACAGAAUAUUAUAUAUUACACGUAUUGUGGCACUGUCAGCGGCUACAGCAUUUCCUUCACAGAACAUUGUAUAUUUUAAUCAUUAAGGGACUGUCAGUGGCUAUAUCAUUCCUCUUACAAAGCAUUGUAUAUUAUAAGCAUUAUGGUACUGUGUCAGUGGCAAAAUCAUUCCUCUCACAGAACAUUAUAUUAUAAGCAUUAUGGUACUGUGUCAGUGAAUAUAUCAUUUCUCUCACAGACAUUAUAUUCUCUCAGGUAUCCCUUGCCCAUAUGAAUCGACCAAAAUCAAUAUUUCAUGCUUUCACCUUCCCAGGGUGAGAUUUUGGCAGGACUGUGUCACGGUCGAGCAGGACAAAGAAGUGGCUGGGAGGCUUUUGUGGCCCUAUUUUAUACAUUGGUGACAAUGAUGGAUCCAGAGGUUGUGAGCUUCACAAUACCCACUGAAAGCAACAAAAUUGUCUUUGUCUGGAACAUUUCUGCUGAGAAGCCAGAAGAGGAGAUUUAUUGCUCUCUGCUUAAAGUGUUCUCGCCAUUUGGAGCUCUUUAUUCCCUCAAGCUACUGCCAAACGCAGGAGUCAGCGACCCUGGUUACUACGCCGUAAUUAAAUAUUACUGCUGCCGUGAUGCCAGCAGGUCCCAAGCGGCUUGUGACAGGAAAACACUCUUCCAGGACACUCCACUCAAGGUACGAAUUUGUACUAAGCAGAAGGGAUUUAAUUACAAAUCUCUGUCGCUCAACAGUACCAAGUGCCAGGAUCUGGCUAACCACUACCUUGGCUUUAACGGGUGGUCCAAAAAAAUAAUUGCGCUGCAGAAUAUCUCUGGUCUGGAUGAGGAAGAGGAUGAAGGUGAACCUCAAGAGGACACAAAGCUGCGGUACCUGUGUGUGUUGGAGGUGGUACUGCCUGGGCACGGAAUCCGCAGCAGAGGAGUAGGGGUUGCAGAGGAGAUCUUGAUGAAGCAAAAAGAUCCAGCAGAGCUUCUCAUGAAAACUGGCAAUCUGCAGAAAUAUGCCGUUCAGAAGGCUGUGUCCGACGCCUUCCAGAAAAUCCUUUUGUUAAUCUUUGAGAACGGUAAAGUAGCAGUAGAGUAUGUUUCUCCUAAUGACGACGCUGUGGACUGCCUAACCGAAGAUGAACUACAGGGUUUGAUACAGGUGAACGAUUUUACUUGGACCUCCUUUAACCCCGAGGGAGAGGAGGAGAUCUUGACGGAAUUAAGUUUCCAUGAAGAUACCGUGGGAUUUUGAAGACUGAUGUAUGUUUGAAAUGUUAUU